UCUUUGUGUCUAUCACAGUAAAGGUGGUCAACUCUAUAUUCCUGUAUUGUCGUUUGUACACGGGUGGAUGAAGUGUACACACCUGUUACAUUACGAUGGGCAACUUCGUAGCAUAACACACGAUAGCCCACCUAAUUCAAGCCAAGACUUCCACUUCUGUAAAGCCGAACAUCUACGAAAGCGUUCGGUUUACUCGAUAGCGGGAGGAGGAGGAGCUCUGGGUGAUUAUUGCUCUGCCACAUACUCAAACACAGCCGUCUGUGACAGCGGUUAGAACAGGCCCCGUGGUCAUGGCUACAGACCCAUUAGAUGAGGCAGGCUUUUAUUUUGAUGAACUCAACAAGCUGCGGGUAUUGGAGCCUGAUGUCAGACAGAAGACUUCAGAGCUCAAAGAAGAGUGCAAAGAAUUUGUGGACAAAAUCGGGCAGUUUCAGAAGAUAGUGGGUGGUCUGAUUGAGCUGGUGGAUCAACUGGCAAAAGAAGCAGAGACAGAAAAGAUGAAGGCUAUUGGAGCCAGAAACCUGCUGAAGUCUGUAGCAAAGCAGAGAGAGGCCCAGCAGCAGCAGCUUCAGGCUCUCAUAGCAGAGAAGAUGAUGCAACUUGAGAGGGGAUGUAACAAAAGCAGAAAACAAACAAAACAAAAAUUCACCACAGGCCUGAUCCAGCUUUCAUCAGAUAUCGUAUAGAAUACGAAGCUUUGUCUAAAGUGGAGUCGGAGCAGAAUGAGUUCAUCGACCAGUUUAUUCUACAGAAAUAAGAAUGGAUGGGACCAAACAAGAAAUCUGUGACUUUUCCUCAGUGCCUAUCCCAGUUUCAAAGAACCACUCUGCUGCAGCUCCUUCUCUGAAGUAGUCCUAAAGCUCCAACUUCAUGGACACCUCUGUACACCCUCUUUCUCUAAUGUGUUGUGUGUGAACUGACAGCCUGUUGUUCCCACUCUGGUUAGCAGGUGUGUGGAUUUACAUUGCAGGGAGCUUGAAAUGUUCAUUUCUGUUGGCAACAAAUAUCUCAACAUGCCACACCAACAUUAAAUGAUAGAGCUUUAUACAAAGAAAAACUAUUUAUACUAUUUAUACUUAAGAACUAGGUGGGGUCAAACACAUAACAUGUUAUUAUUACUUUUUUGUAUCAAUCAGAAUUAAUACUGCACGAGCAUGUAUCUGUAAAUAACUUUCAUUUCAAGAAAAAGGAGUAGAUGGGGAUAUUUUGUUUUGUUUUUUUCCAUUUUUCUGGUACAAUCAAUACAAAACAUUCUCUUCUUUGUCUUCUCUUAUGUAUAUCCUUGUUAUCCAGGAGUAAUUUGAGAAAAAUGGUUAUACUUGAAUAGUGUAUAUUGCACAAAAGUAUCAUCUUUGCCUCCAAGCUACACAAGAGGUUUGUGAGCCAAGUUUAACAAUGAGUGAUUAAGCAUUGUCUUAAUAAAGACUACUUGAUAUGCAUGUUUUC